AUGCCCCCAAGUCCGAGGGGCGCAGGUCGACGUCUUCUCGCAGUUGAUCCUCUGACGGAGUCGGCAGGGGUAAAUGCUAAUGGGGAUUGCGUGGGAUAUAACAGCCAGUUGCUCGUGUCAAGAAAUGAUGCGAAGAAACGUCGAAUAGAUGACGAUAAUGCCGACAGUGAGUGGAGCAAAGAGGAAAGUGAAUCGUCGGCUUCAGAAGAGGAAAGCGCGGGCUUUGCUGGCUCCGGUAUCGUUGGAUCUACGCCACUAGUGGAAUGUCCAGGUCUAAGUACUACUAUCUUCGGCACUUGGAAAGCUUUCUCGGAGUACUUUUGA